AUGCCCAAACGAGAGCGCGACGAGGCCGUCGCCGAGCUCAGCUCGACGAUAUUUGCGGCAAUGCUGGAGGAGAUCCUCAUGGACGUCGUGCAGGAGUCGCACAAGGAGAUCGCGAGGUCCCGGGCGGUCUGCGACGUCUGCCAUACGAGGUGCCUUGCUCUGCAUGUGCCCGGGCCGUCGAACGCGAACGCGAACGGCUCGAGGAUACCGACCCCAUCGGGCGACCUCAAGAACGGGGAGAGCCCGUCCGCGACGGGGACGAACACGCCCGUGAACGGCAAGGACGGGAAUGUGUACUUCGAGUGCCUCGAGUGCAAGCGGCAGAUUGCGUCAAAUCGCUAUGCGCCGCAUCUGGCGGGAUGUAUGGGCCUUGGGAACAGAAGAGGGGCUGCGCGGAAUGCGUCCGUGAAGGCCAAGCUUGGGAGUGAGGCUGGGAAGGCCGGCUCGCCGCGACUCGCUUCCGAGGCGGUGGAUGGAUACGAGGACUCGCCUAGACCACCACCGAAGGGCAAGGGGAAGUCAAAGGCGAAGAAGUCGGGCAUCCUUGGACAAUGUGCUCACGCCUUGGAUGCUGACCAGACGGCUUCCCCGUCGGUUUCUCCCAUGAAGAAGUCAAAGAAGCAGAAGACUGCAGCGUCUCCUGCAGCCCGUAUCAAACCCGACCCCGAACCCUCAAACAACCUCCUAUCUGUGACUUCGAGCGCCGCUCGCAUCCCAUCGAAGCUGCGCGCUUCGUCCACAGUCUCGUCUCUCCAUCGAGAACAGCGCUCCUCGUCCCCAGAGUCGGGGACACGACUAUCUUCGCCGGCACGCUCAAUAUCGACGCAAGCGUCGACGGUCAUCCGGAGUCCAGCGAUCAGCAACGCGACGCUCAAAUCCAAGCAGGCGAACGGCAAGGGACGUGGGGCCCCACUACCGCCACGCAUGCCGAGCCCUCCGCGACCACCGCCUGCGGUACCAGUCAUCAGAAUGCACGAGACGGACUUGUUCGUCGACGUGGACGGGCACGGCGACGAAACCGGGUCCUCCACUGAUACUGACAGC